GAGGGAAGCUGUUCACGAUAACUCGUUUUAAAUUACGUAACUUAUUUCAGGGUAUAAAACGAUGCCUUUUAUCUUUCCUGCGCACAGAUCUACUGUAAAGUUUCAUUAGAACCACUUGAAAACAGCUUCAGGAGAUGUCACUUAAGGCCCUACUUCUUGCUGCUCUUCUCGCCGUGGCCAGUGCUGGAGGUCCUGCAGCGUACAGCACCUUCACCUCCCCCAUCGACUAUGGCUCUGUGGGUUCCACGCACGAGAGCACAGUCAAGGGCCUCGGUGGUAACAACGUAAUUUCUCAGUACUCGAAGGCCGUCGACACCCCUUACUCCAGCGUCCGCAAGUAUGACACCCGUAUCAGCAACGACGCGCUGGCCUAUGCUCCCGCAGCCCAUGCAAUUGCCGCUCCAGCUGUAGCGUAUGGUGCCGCCCCAGCACUUGCCUAUGGCGCCGGAUACAGAACUUACGGAGCAGCCCCAGCACUUGCUUAUGGCGCCGGAUACAGGACUUAUGGAGCAUCCCCAGCACUUGCCUAUGGCGCCGGAUACAGAACUUACGGAGCGGCCCCAGCCCUUGCUUAUGGCGCUGGAUAUAGCACCUAUGGAGCAUCCCCAGCCCUUGCUUAUGGCGCUGGAUACAGCACCUAUGGAGCAGCCCCGGCACUUGCCUAUGGCGCUGGAUACAGGAGCUAUGGAGCAGCCCCAGCACUUGCAUACGGCGCCGGAUACAGAGCGUAUGGUGCCGCUCCAGCACUCGCUUACGGAGCUGCCUACACUCCCGCAAUAGCCAAGACUGCAGUCGCUGCUCCCCUCGGAGUAGCCUACUCUGCUGCUCCCGCAGUAGCUCAUCUUUCUUUCUCUGGCCUUGGAGCCACUUACGGUUACUAAGCAUACACAUCAUCGUCUUUAAACUUUCGGUUCCAGAAUUAUUUUAGUCACAAGAAUUCCAUCCAUGUCCACGGUUUUUCUUACAGUAUCGUGGAUGUUAUUUUUUGCUUUCAUUUUAGGAAAGCGUAAUACACAGUGUCACGUAACUCGGAACUCACGUUCUAGCAUGUGCUGGCCGUGUUCUGCGUUGCGACUAACACAUGUUCCGUCAGUUCUCUUGAUGCUACUGCGGCAUGCUGUCGUGCCGGGUCUCACGUUAAGUGGGACAUAAGAAACGCACUUCAAAUGUAAAAAUAUUAAAUUGUACUAUUUAAUUUAUUUCUUAAAUAAAGUACGUUCAAAAAUUUA